CGGCCUCGGACCCCGCACCGGACUCAUCGGAGAGCCCACGAUGUCCGCGCAGCCCAGGGCCCUGACGCCGUCCACGCAGCCGGGGAAGGGCGGCCGGCCGCAGCCCGCCGAGCCCUAGGAGCACAAAGCCCGCGCCUGCCGCGGGCCUCGGCGCCAGCCGGCGACUUUGCCGCCCGUUCCGCGGCUCUUUGUCUGCACUUGGGGCGGGCGCCCGGCUGUGGGAUUUCCCAGUGAGAGCGGGCUGGGGGGGCCGGGGCCGAGCUCCCGGUUCCCCGGCCGGCCCCCGCUCGGGCUCGGCUCCCCGCUCCCCCGCGCCUCCCCGGCGCGGGCUCCCGGCGCCUCCCCGCCCUCGGAACCGCGACCCCUCCCUGCCAUGUAUCCGCAAGGCCGACAUCCGGCUCCCCAUCAACCCGGGCAGCCCGGAUUUAAAUUCACGGUGGCCGAGUCUUGUGACCGGAUCAAAGACGAGUUCCAGUUCCUGCAAGCUCAGUAUCACAGCCUCAAAGUGGAGUACGACAAGCUGGCCAACGAGAAGACCGAGAUGCAGCGCCAUUAUGUGAUGUAUUAUGAGAUGUCCUACGGCUUGAAUAUUGAAAUGCACAAACAGACAGAGAUCGCGAAGAGACUGAACACCAUUUUAGCCCAGAUCAUGCCUUUCCUGUCACAAGAGCACCAGCAGCAGGUGGCUCAGGCGGUGGAACGCGCCAAGCAGGUUACCAUGACGGAGCUGAACGCCAUCAUCGGGGUACGUGGACUCCCCAGUCUUCCAUUCACCCAGCAGCAGCUCCAGGCCCAGCAUCUGUCCCACGCCACGCACGGCCCCCCGGUCCAGCUGCCACCCCAUCCGUCAGGCCUCCAGCCUCCUGGGAUACCCCCGGUGACCGGGGGCAGUGCCGGGCUGCUGGCCCUGGGCGCCCUGGGCAGCCAGGCCCAUCUUGCUGUGAAGGAUGAGAAGAGCCAUCAUGAACUGGACCACAGAGAGAGAGACUCGAGCGCGAAUAACUCGGUGUCGCCCUCAGAAAGUCUCCGGGCCAGCGAGAAGCACCGGGGCUCUGCUGACUACAGCAUGGAAGCCAAGAAAAGGAAAGCCGAGGAGAAGGACAGCUUGAGCCGAUACGACAGUGAUGGGGACAAGAGUGACGAUCUGGUGGUGGAUGUCUCGAAUGAGGACCCUGCCACACCCCGGGUCAGCCCCGCACACUCUCCUCCCGAGAACGGCCUGGACAAGGCCCGGGGCCUAAAGAAGGACGCCCCUGCCAGCCCUGCCUCGGUGGCCUCCUCCAGCAGCACGCCGUCCUCCAAGACCAAAGAACUUGGUCAUAGUGACAAGUCCUCCACUCCCGGGCUCAAGUCCAGUACGCCAACGCCAAGAAACGAUGCCCCCACGCCAGGCACCAGCACGACCCCGGGGCUCCGGGCCAUGCCCGGUAAACCUCCAGGCAUGGACCCCAUAGGUAUAAUGGCCUCUGCCCUGCGCGCCCCCAUCUCCAUCACCGGCUCCUACGCCGCCCCCUUUGCCAUGAUGAGCCACCACGAGAUGAACGGCUCCCUCACCAGCCCCAGUGCCUACGCCAGCCUCCACAACAUCCCACCCCAGAUGAGUGCGGCCGCCGCUGCCGCCGCUGCCUAUGGCCGGUCACCAAUGGUGAGCUUUGGAGCUGUUGGUUUCGACCCUCACCCCCCCAUGCGGGCCACGGGCCUGCCUUCCAGCCUCGCCACUAUUCCCGGAGGGAAACCAGCGUACUCAUUCCACGUGAGUGCUGAUGGGCAGAUCCAGCCGGUGCCCUUCCCCCACGAUGCCCUGGCAGGCCCCGGCAUCCCCAGGCACGCCCGGCAGAUCAACACCCUGAGUCACGGGGAGGUGGUGUGCGCCGUGACCAUCAGCAAUCCCACCCGGCAUGUCUACACGGGGGGCAAGGGCUGUGUGAAGAUCUGGGACAUCAGCCAGCCGGGCAGCAAGAGCCCCAUCUCCCAGCUCGAUUGCCUGAACAGGGACAACUACAUCCGCUCAUGCAAGCUGCUGCCGGACGGGCGCACACUCAUCGUGGGCGGUGAAGCCAGCACGCUCACCAUCUGGGACCUGGCCUCGCCCACGCCCCGCAUCAAGGCCGAGCUGACCUCCUCCGCGCCCGCCUGCUAUGCCCUGGCCAUCAGCCCUGACGCCAAAGUCUGCUUCUCCUGCUGCAGCGACGGCAACAUUGCUGUCUGGGACCUGCACAACCAGACGCUGGUCAGGCAGUUCCAGGGCCACACGGACGGGGCCAGCUGUAUAGACAUCUCCCACGAUGGCACAAAGCUGUGGACAGGAGGCCUAGACAACACUGUGCGCUCCUGGGACUUGCGAGAGGGUCGACAGCUGCAGCAGCACGACUUCACCUCACAGAUCUUCUCUCUGGGGUACUGCCCCACCGGGGAGUGGCUGGCUGUGGGCAUGGAGAGCAGCAAUGUGGAAGUGCUGCACCACACCAAGCCAGACAAGUACCAGCUGCACCUGCACGAGAGCUGCGUGCUGUCCCUCAAGUUUGCCUGCUGUGGCAAAUGGUUCGUGAGCACUGGGAAAGACAACCUCCUCAACGCCUGGCGGACACCGUACGGGGCCAGCAUCUUCCAGUCGAAAGAAUCCUCCUCCGUGUUGAGCUGUGACAUUUCGGCAGAUGACAAAUACAUUGUAACAGGCUCUGGUGACAAGAAGGCCACAGUUUAUGAGGUCAUCUACUGAACAAGGACUCUGACUCUGGGAGACACAAGCGUGGCUCUGGCAGGGACUGAAGAUGCCGUGAGCGGCAAGUUUGGGGUGCGCCGGCAGGCAGAGAGGCAUGCACCCCACGUGGGCCUGGGCGCCUGGCUGCAGGAUUUUCUCCUCUUCCCCUUAACAGUGCUGGCAGAUGCUACAAAUAGAUUUAUUUUGGAGGCCUUGGCUCCAGUUCCCCACAGACACCCUCAUGCGUCUCUGUCUCUUCCUCCCCCUUUCUACUGACCCUGGGGUCCAGGACACUGGAGCUGACCACAGUGCUGUGGGGGGAGGGAGGAAGGGGAGGAUCUUGUUCCCCACUGUACAGAGCACAGGCUUGUGAAAAUGUAAAUAACAGACACAGACUCCUAGUGCCGCGUGGCCGGGGGAGGGGGGGCCCCGCCAGAAGCUCGUGCCUCUGUUGCCUGCUGUAUUUGUAGCCCACUCUCAUGGUGGCUUUUCUUCUCUCUCUCUCUCUCUCUUCUUUCUCUUUUAAAAACAGAAGUUCCCAUCUCAGAAAGGUAGUUGGGGCCGGAGAGCAACAGGCAGAGGGAGGCAGUAGGGAGAAAAGUCCUGAGUCUGGGGGGCAGCCUGCCUUGAUAUGACUCAUGGCAUCCACGCAUGUCCGGAUGAGUGAUUGACAGACAGUGCUGAGAUGGGCGGGCCUGGCCGCAGCUGGGCUUCUCCUUAACAUCUGUGUGCUGUCCACCUCCAGCCUUUCCGGCCUGUCUUUGUCUCUCUGUCUCCUCCCUCCCCCCGCCCUUACUCUCUUUCUCUUUGUCUCCCCCCCCCCACCUCUCUGUCCUGGGUCCAUAUUUCUCUUUGGUGCAUAUCCAGUCAUUGUGGUAAGAGAGAUGGUUCUAACAGGGCAGCCUGAAAAAGGACCACAGGAGAGAGAGAAACUUCUAGUAACUCAGCUCAGGGAGCUGCCAGAGGAAACUGCAACUGGUGCGGGUGCUUUCUUGUUUCGUUGUUGUUUUUUUUUUUUCUUUUACUUUUUGAAUAAAAAACAAAAAGAAUUAGAAGUGAUGUCCUUUUACAAAAUGCCUUCUCCCCUUGCCUGCCUUUGCUAUCCCUUGAGGAGGAGAAACCCCUGGAUUGUGGGUCUUCAAGAUGACCGCGCCCCCUCUCCCCCACCCCCGCCCAUCACCUCUUAGGCUGCAAUGUGGGGGACACAGCCUGGACCCUUGCAGCUUUCAUCUCUCUCGUGGUCACAGGCAGGUGACACCAGAUGCCAGUACCGCUUGGUAACACCGAAUGUGAAGUGUUGGGAUUCUGUUGGUUUGUGUUUGGGUCUGGUUUUGUUUUGUUUUCUUAAGAGAAGUUAAAGGGUGUGUUUGUCCCAAUGGUGGGUCUCCACGGAUGUAGCAUAUGGAAGAGAAUUUUUAUACCGCAUUUUUAUGGAUUGUUUUAUAGUGGGGGUUUGGUCUGGCGAGAAGGAAGAAAGGGCAUCUGGGAACCUGCCCUGCCCACCUGUGGUGCUCAGGGCUGAGCCGCUGUGCCCAGCAGGCAGCACCGAGACUCAGUGCGGACUGGAGCCAGCCUGGGUGAGGAGGGCGUGGGGCAUCCGGACUCUGCCAUGCUGUCACCCUGGAUCCCUUGUGAAGACUCUAGAAGGAAGGGCGAGGGUAGGAGAACAUUAUUCCUGAAAAGAAAAAAAAAAAAGUCGUUGUAAUGAGCUGUUUU